CCCCUGUCGUUGUACCCAGCAAUUUGAAUUUAUGCUUUCUCAACUGCUUAAACCUCACCAUCUUAUUAAACCCCUCAUUUUCCCGGGAAAACGCAGGAAAAAGUCCAGAUUUUCUCGGGAAAAUGAAUCGGAGACUUCUGGAGAUGGUGCUUCCGGCUCGAGAACAGUUAAAUCUAUCAAGUUACGUUUCCAUCUACAAUCAUCUUUUUCAAGGAAAUUCUUGAAAUAUUUUAGAAGAAUGACCAGGCGUAGUCAACCUCCAAGAAGCAAUAAACCUUCAAUAAAAUAUGGGUGUAGCCCACUGGAGGGGGCUUCCUUUGAGCUUAUUGAUUUUGAUGACGGAAAUUAUGCCCCCACCUCGUCUGGUAAUGGUAAGCAAAAUAGCAGAAAAUCUGAACCAAAGUCUUCUGAGAUACUAAGCACGGCUGAGCUCAUCUCAGCAGUUGGCCAGAUAUGGAAUUGUGCAAGUCGUUCCCUGGAUUUUUUCCAACCUAAAUCAAAUUUGAGACACAAUGAUGGUGGUUUUCAGGAAGAGAAUGUAUUUCGUUAUUCAGGUGGGAAAGGAAAUGGCUGGUCAUCUACCUCAUCUGAGGAGGGUCAACAUUUCCCAGUUAAUUUGAUGACUACUGGCCAUUCUUCUUCACCCAUGGUACAGGAAAACUUAGAGUGUCUGAAAGUAUCUAAGAAGAUAUCAUUUUUUGAACCUCAUAAUGGAAAUUAUACGCAUUCUCUUCUAAGGAAAUUCAUGCAGGGUGGUUCCAACAUCCCUAAUGAGCCUUGGAAGGAGAAGAGUUCUGCAGCAGUGGGAGUUUUCUAUGAUUUGAGAAAUAUGUAUGGAUGGAUGACUGAAAUAUCACUUUCUGGAUUAAAACAUCAGGUAAACUCUACCCAGAUCAAGAGCAAGAAAACUGGUGACUGCUGCCUUUCUGGAUAUAUUAGUCCUACAAGUUGCUGUAAUGUAGGUGAUACAGGCAGUCCUGCCAAUAACCCUACCAUCAAAAGUGCUGACUGCCAUGCUCAAUUAACCAAAUGUAAGGAUUCAUCAUCAGGUCAAAGCACGUGUGUGGCAAAGGCACCUAUUACAUCUCUUUGCUCCGAUUAUUUCCCCGAGCCUCCCCAAAGUACAGAAGCAAAUGGUAGUGUUUUGAGGACCCCAAUUUUGGGACUUCAUGCUUUAGAUAAUCAUGCUUACAAAGAAUGCCAACACAAAAAUGAGGAUGCUCACCUGCAUGAGAGCAAAAAGAAUCAACAGAGUGAGUUCAUUAUGACAGACAAAUCUAAAAUAGAGAUUAGCUCACCAACAAAUAAUAAACUUCAUUAUGGACUUGCAAAGCAAGAGCAUGCUUUUGCUGGAGCAUUGGCUGGUGUAUUUGUUAGUCUUUGUCUACAUCCAAUGGACACGAUAAAAACUGUCAUUCAGUCCUGCCACGCUGAUCAGAGAUCCUUCCACUACAUUGGCAGAUCAAUCAUUUCUGAAAGAGGAGUAAAAGGACUUUAUCGUGGAAUUGCUAGCAACAUUGCUUGUUCAGCACCAAUUUCUGCAGUUUACACCUUCACAUAUGAAUCAGCAAAAGGAGCUUUCCUUCCUUUUUUUCCAAAGGAGUAUCGGUCAAUUGCCCAUUGCAUGGCAGGUGGUUGUGCUAGUGUUGCGACCUCUUUUAUUUUCACUCCCAGUGAGCGCGUAAAGCAGCAGAUGCAAGUUGGUUCGCACUAUCAAAACUGUUGGUAUUGCAUGGUUGGGAUCAUCAAAAAGGGUGGUUUGCCUUCAUUGUAUGCUGGAUGGGGAGCGGUACUCUGCAGGAAUGUUCCACACUCUGUCAUCAAGUUCUACACAUAUGAAAGCUUGAAGCAAUUAAUGUUAUCAUCUCAGGAAUCAAAUGCUCAACCUAACACAUUACAGACGCUGAUUUGUGGGGGGUUAGCUGGAUCCACAGCUGCUCUAUUUACAACUCCUUUUGAUGUGGUGAAGACAAGACUACAGACACGGAUUCCUGGAUCUAUUCACCAGUAUGAUGGCGUGUUUAAUACCCUUAAAGAAAUAGCCAUGCAUGAAGGUUUGAAGGGUCUAUACAGGGGCUUGGUUCCGAGAUUGGUUAUGUAUAUUUCUCAAGGAGCAAUCUUCUUUGCUUCAUAUGAAUCGUUCAAGAGGUUAUUUUCUUUGGAGGUCCCACAACUUUAUGCUCAAUCAGCUUUGGAGGUCCCACAACUUUAUGCUAAAACAGUCAAGUCUACACAAAACAUGGAAGAUGAGUCUCCAUAGUUCCAUCUGUAGUUUAGCUGAGAGCAAUUACUGAAAGAGUUUUGUGUUGACGACCUGGGCAUAAAGGAUUCGACCUAAUUGUUCAACUUCUUAGGGAGAGCUUAUCUGGGUACUGUUGAUUAGCUAUAUAAAUGCAGAUCACCUGAUUUAGACAAGCCUGAAACUCUGAACUCCAAACCAGUUUAUCGUUAAUUUGGCUUCAUUUUCUACAGAAAAUGUGAAUUACACUGUAAGGAUUGCAUCAGUGGCAGCUUGUAUGCACUCAGAAGAACUCGGGGAUGUAUCAAAGAAAACCAGUAACAAGGAAGCUGCAUUGAAAGAGAUAUGUGAUCCAAGGUAAAGCGACUAAGGUUGAAGAAUGUUGUAAACUGGAUCAUAUUACCAUCCUCGCCUGUGACAGUUUGACCCAUGAUAGAUCAUUUGAAGUUGGAAUGGUUGACUGUAUGUUCUUUAUUUCACAAUGUUGUCUGAGCUUUGUUGAUUCAAGUAGGUUGUCUUUUAGAGCUAGGUUGGCUUAGAAGAGUCUUGUGACUUGUGAAGAGCGGCCAUGUCACUUUCUUUGGCUAUUUGUACUACAUUCGUUUUUACAUAAUUCAACCACCAUUUGUUUAAUAUGAAUUGAUCUUUAGCAAAAUUUGAUCGACUA